CAAAUUAGAGCUUUAAAAUCGGACCCAGUCGUGACCCGAUGCUUUAAAAAGCUUUUCCUUGAGGUUGAAGGGAAGUUGCUUUGUUUACAUCCGCUGUUUGGUGAGUUUUAAAGCGGCUGUCGCUGCUGCGACCUGCUGGGCUCUAAGGAGGAAUGUGGAGAUCUCCCAACUUUGAGCGACAGCAGGAGAUCCUUCCCAGACCUUCGUCUCCAGCUCACAACGGCUCUACGGGGGCUGAUGGAAAGCAACCCGAGUCCUCCCCACGCUGACCAAGAUGGAGCCCAGGAGACUGGAAAGGAGGUUGUGAGCCCAGAGGCCUACAUCAAGCAUCCCCUUCAGAACAGAUGGUCUCUGUGGUUCUUCAAGAAUGACAAGAGCAAAACAUGGCAGGCCAACCUGCGCCUCAUCUCUAAAUUUGACACGGUCGAAGAUUUUUGGGCCCUCUAUAACCACAUUCAGCUGUCAAGCAACCUCAUGUCGGGCUGUGAUUACUCCCUUUUUAAGGACGGCAUUGAGCCCAUGUGGGAGGACGAGAGGAACAAGCGAGGCGGACGCUGGCUGAUCACGCUCUCCAAGCAGCAGAGGAGAUCAGACCUGGACCGCUUCUGGCUGGAAACUCUCCUGUGUUUAGUGGGAGAGGCGUUCGACGACUACAGCGACGACGUCUGCGGAGCCGUCGUCAACAUCCGCAACAAAGGGGACAAAAUAGCCGUGUGGACAUCCGACUACGAGAACAGAGAGGCGGUCACACACAUAGGGAGAGUUUACAAGGAGCGCCUGGGGCUUCCUAUGAAGAUGACGAUCGGCUACCAGUCGCACGCCGACACGGCCACCAAGAGCGGCUCCACCACCAAGAACAAGUUUGUAGUCUGAGAAAUGGCCUCUUCCCUUUACCUCGUCUUAUCUGGCGCUGCGUACGUUUACUUUGCUGCAAAGACUCUGCGAAACGCAAUCUGGAGACGGGAGGGAAAAGAUCCAACCUUAUGCCAAAUUGGCCACCGGCCCACGUUUAACCAACAUGUAUUAAACUGAACGCAGACGGCCUUCGACACUAACAGAGAGAGGUAUGGAAAGGGGAAAGAGCGCCGCCCUCUGCACAUUACCUUUUUAUUCAUUUUUAAACGUUUGUUUUAUUCUUGAUGAAUGACAGGAAGUCCUGGAGCGCAGAAAAUGUUUAUUUCUCUCCUGUUUGUGUUCGGCUUCUCCUGUUCUCUGUAAUCCUUAACGAGAUUAAACACAUUUAAUUUAUUAUCUUAAUCCGCCUGCAUUGUAUUCCCCACUUAAACCUUUGAUUGUGCUUUUUUGUGCCUUGAAUUGUUGCAUUUAAUUUGAGUGUUAAUAUAAAUAAAACUGGUUUUGCAA